CCUUUGUAUCUUCUUCCUCACGUUGUAUAUCAUAUAUAUAUUAUCGUUAUAUAUUCUUGUGUGCAUAAUCAGAAGCAUCAUCCAUCGAUUGUUAAUCAUGAUGAACCCUUCAUUGGUCCAUAUCGUUGUAGGGGAUUUCAACCACCACAAGUUUUAAUCGGAGAAAGGUUGCAGCAACUUUGUAAGAUCAUAUGAUCAUUCGGUCAGCUCACCCACUGGAAAGUGAAAAUUAAAUGAACUUCAUGUCACUUGAAGUUUGUAAUGUUAUGUAUAUCAAGUCUGGAGAUAUGUUCAAAGCAUUUACGUCCUCAAGACAUGACAAACGGAAGAUGCUAACAAAAUUAGAAUGCAUAAUUUGCAGCAUUAACGAAGCCCCAAAGCGAAAACCCUCGUACACGGAAGAAUCACGAUGCAAAGAGGCAAUCGAGAAGCGGAAUGGCGAAGAUGUGUGCGAUCGGCAUCCACCCAUCGAUGCCCUUGCUGAUGUCGUCGUGGGGUUUGUGAAGCGGAAGGUGGAUCGUCUAAUUGGAUCGAGUCGAAUUGAAGUGCAGUGAAACCAGCCGUACCAAACCGAUGACGUCCAUGGCGUUGGUCUCUUCCGUGGCUGUUUCUCCUGGCUGCUGCUCUGGUUCAGGGCGAGGUUCUGAGAAUCAGGUGUCCGUGGCCAGCUUUGGCCGAAACUGUGGUUCAAUUUUUCUGAAGCGAUGGGACCCGAUGUCGGUGAUGAACUCCUCACGGAACACAUAUUUCAACGGAAGAAUGGCCGAUUCGAGAAAUGUCUGGAUUCCGUCGAGCGCAGAGAGCGGCAGGAGGAGCACGGAGACAAUUAAGGCUGUGACUAGCUCGACUACACCACCCACCUUAGCUGUACCGGAUGACAGAGUUCUCCAGCAAUCCAAGUAUGAAUUACUGAAACUAGCAAACGAGACAGGCCGGGGCCUGACGGCUUCUGCCGAUCAGCGGGCAGAAAUUGAAGAAGCCAUGGUUGGCGUAGAAAAGUUCGAUGCCGGAAAACCCCUUCAACUGGAUGAUCUCGAUGGAACCUGGCUUUUGCAAUACACCACAGCCCCAGAUGUAGUGGGCAUUUUGCAGGCUGCCCAGACUCCCUUCCUCAAGGUUGGACAGAUUUUCCAAAAGUUUGAGUGUCGAGGACGACUCGAUGGUGGAAGCGUGAAGAAUGUUGUUCGAUGGAGCAUUCCUAGCAUUCUGCAGGAAGGCGAUGGAGCAACACUUGUUGUGGAUGCCAGCUUCUCUGUAUGUAGCCCUCGCAGCAUCGCCCUCCGCUUCGAAGAGGCAAAACUGGGUGACAUACUUAUAAGUGAGGAGCUCCAAGGGUUCAUAGCGCCAGCAGUUUUGCCUCGUUCAUUUUUCCUAUUGCAGAUACUACAGUUUCUGCGCACUCUAGCUAUCCGCGUCCCUCUUGUCAGACCACCACGUCCAGGGGGAGAAACUACAACCAGCGUUCCGAUCGGACUGCGGUAUUAUCUCACGUAUCUGGACCGUGAUAUGCUCGUGGGACGCGCCCUUGGCAACGGCGGUAUCUUCAUCUUCAGUCGAACUCAAAGGCUCGAGCUUUUUUGAAUUCACGAGCUCGAGAUGCCGAUGGGGAUCUGAGGAGAGAGAUCCGAGCUGCUUCUUGCUUCGUAAGGGUAUCCAGAAUUUUUACAGAAAUUAGAAAGAGGAGGAACGAGAAAUAUCGAAGCGAAUUGUCAACCAUUUCCUACUGCUCUCUUGUACAAGCUACCGUCAGGAUUCUCUGAGUAGAGGUGCAGAUGGCAAGAACGCGGGGAGAGUUUUCCUUUUCUGGAACUCUUCAGCUCUGACUGAGCUCCUUUUCGAACUGCUCUUUAUCCAUGUACUAUUAUUUUGUAUUCAAGAUAUAAAGCAUUGCUGAUG